AUGAGUUUCUCUAAAUAACAAGCAAUCAUUUAACCAUCAUUAACAAAAACACAUAUGCAUCAUUUAUCUCCAUAGGUCAUCUGUUUGCAUAAAAUAGUAUUUUUAACCUCUGAAAAUGAAAGAUAGAAACAUAUGGUAAAAAAUAAGAAUAUCAUAAUUAAAUUAAGGAAAAUGUUGAAUAUAAAAAUACUUAAGAUUUAAUCAAAAAAUAUAUAGGUUCAAAAAUAGAAAUUAAAAUUAUAAAUAGUUAUUUAAAUUAAAGAAAAAGAAGAAUAGCAUCUAAAAUUGGAUUUUUUAUUAAAAUAUAUUGAAAAAAUAAAAAAUGACCUAUAGAAUAAGUGA